AUGUCCUGCUACGAUCUGUGCCGUCCCUGUGGGCCAACCCCGCUUGCCAACAGCUGCAACGAGCCCUGUGUCAGGCAGUGCCAGGACUCGCGGGUGGUGAUCCAGCCCUCUCCCGUGGUGGUGACCCUGCCCGGCCCCAUCCUCAGCUCCUUCCCGCAGAACACCGCCGUGGGCUCCUCCACCUCCGCUGCUGUUGGCAGCAUCCUGAGUGAGGAGGGAGUGCCCAUCAACUCUGGAGGCUUCAGCCUUGGUGGCCUUGCUGGCCUCGGUGGCCGCUACUGUGGCAGGAGGAGCCUGCCCUGCUAA